AUGGGUCUCACGUCCCAGCUGAUUCCAGCUCUGGUCUGCUUACUAGCAUGUACCAGCAACUUCACCCAUGGACACAAGUACAACCUCACCUUACGAGAGACCAUCAAAACGCUGAACAUCCUCACAGCGAAAAAGGACCCACGGUGCAUGGAGCUGACCGUAGCAGACGUCUUGGCUGCCCCGAAGAACACAACGGAGGAGGAAACCUUCUGCAGGGCCGCGGCGGCGCUCCGGCAGGUCUACAGGCACCACCCGUGCUUGACCAAAAGGUUCCUGAGCGGACUUGACAGGAACCUCAGCAGCAUGGCCAACAAGACCUCCUGUCCUGUGAACGAAGCCAAGAUGACGACACUGAAAGACUUCUUGGAAAGGUUAAAGAGCAUCAUGCAAGAGAAAUACUCAAAGGGUUGA